GGAAGUGUAGAAACAGACGGACCAGCACACAGCUUCAUUUAAGGCAAACAAAACAAGCGAACGGCUCGAAGAAGAUUUGUGCAACAGCGUCCUGUCUGUGAGCUGACUGCUUUACCAUCAGGUAAACAUAUUGUUGCAGCAGGUAUGUGUGAGUCAGUAGAGACAGACCUGUAUGCUGUACUGGGAGCCAGCCCAUCAGAGUCAGUCCAGCAGCUUCGACGCAGAUACCAGCAGCUGGCCUUAAAGUUUCACCCUGAUCGUCUCAAAGGACAGAGUUCUACAGAAGCAGAGUCAAAUAAGAGGAACUUUCUAGAAGUCGAUGCAGCCUGGAGGAUCCUUAGUGACCAGAACAGCAGGAUGCAAUAUGACCUGCACAAGAGAGCACAAGAACUCAAACAGGAUUGGCCGGUGGAUUCUACUGUCAACCUGGAGGACAUGAUGUGGGACUGUGAUCAGUGUGUGUAUACAUCCUGCUGUCGCUGUGGAGGGGGAUUCAGUCUGACGGAGGAAGAGGUGAUGGAGGAGACACAGAGCGGGCAGGAGGAUGUUGAAGAGAAGAACCCAGAUAAAGGAGACAGAGGACUGGUUGUGUGUUGUGACACGUGUUCCCUCAGUGUGUAUGUGAUGUGGUCAGAACACACACAAACCCAAAACUGUUCUGUCAAAAAGGGUCAGUGACAUAUAGAGGGAAUACAUUAUGUAUUAAGUUUACUGUUAAGGCAGAACAACAGUUGUGUCUGUAACAGUAAAUAAAGUUAAUUUUAAUGGUGAUUUAAAUGGUA